UAUGCGUUGACCAACACUAUAAGAUCCGCUCUCUGGUUACCGAACAAACAGGUUUGGAACAGUAGGAGAGUUUACCGAGGCUUGGAAACUGGUUUUGCAAGGCGAAAACUUAGGUGUGGUUUCAGGAGGAGUUUGGAUAUCUGGAGGUGUAAGAAACUGACAAUUUUCAAGGGUUUUUGGAGUGUGUAGAGGAUGGGAAGUAGGGUUGAUGUUCAGCAUUAUAAUCUAAGAUCAGCAAAUCCAUACAGUACUUCAUUACAUGAUCUUAAUACAGUUGAUGGUCAUGGAGACAUUGAUGGUAUUGGUGGUGCUGAUGCUGUUACUGAAGAUGGCUUGGAUAAUGAAGAUGGUUCUAAUUCUGUGGAUUGCAUGUCGGAUUCAUAUAAGAAUUCGAUUAGGAUGUAUGGGGUUGACGUUGAAGAUGAUCGGUCAACGUUCGAAACGAGCGAGUCUUCAAGGACAAUGGUUGAUAUGUUGACUACUGAUGAUGUAUUACCAAUUGAAACUACAAGGGCACGAUUUUUACAGGUUAUAGUGGAUAAUUUUAUUACGCAUCAUGUGAUUGAUUCUGAGCAUGACUACAGCGUGCAAUGUGGGGAAGAUAAACAAAACAAGAGGAAAUCUGGAGAAGCUCUAUAUGAAGGUGAUCCAAGGUUUGCGUUGCCACUGAUGUAUGUGGCUAAUUUGUAUGAGAAUUUAGUCCAUAAUGCGAAUAGAAGGCUUGCGUCUCUGGAUGGAAUUCGUGACAGCACUAAGACCAUUGGGGUAGCACUUGAAGCAGCUGGUGGUUUGUAUAGAAAGCUGGCAAAAAAGUAUCCGCGGAAAGGAACUUAUUCUUAUAAAAGAAGAGAAUUGGCUACUUCUCUUGAAACAAGGGCAAGAUUUCCAGAGCUAGUUAUAAAUGAAGAAAAACGGGUCCGCUUUGUAGUAGUCAAUGGUUUAGAGAUUGUUGAAAAACCAAAUAACAUGCCAGUGGAAGAUGCAGAGUGGUUCAAACGGUUGACAGGUCGCAGUGAAGUGGCUAUUUCUGAUCGUGAUUAUAAAUUUUACACUCCCAGACAUAAAAACAGACGAGUGGUGUCCAAUCCAGUGUCUAAUAUCCCUGGGCUACCAGCAUUCUCUGGCGUGGAUAACUCUCCUAUGGCAUCUUCUCCUGGAUUCCGUCCUCUAAGUGAUCCUCAAAGUCAGCAGCAGUCUCAGGUGAAACAUCACAUCCAACCUCUGUCGCUUCAACCACAGUUUCAUCACUUGCAUCAAACUCACCACCAAACCAUGCAUCAGAAUCAACAUGCAUCUCACUUCUCUCAUGCGCAUCAGUGUUCUCCUACUCAUUUGCCUGAGAUUUCUCAUUCACACCAACUGCCAUCGGUUUCACAACAUAUGGCUUGUUUGCAAUCCCUGACGGGCAACCACAUGGGAGCACGUAUGCAUGUGCUGCACACAACCCCUGCCAAGUACUGUGAUGAAUGUGGGGCACCAUAUUUGAGAGAAUCCUCCAAGUUUUGUUCAGAAUGUGGUGUUAAGAGGUUAGGAACCUGAUAUCCCUACAAUGUUAGUUCAUUUCUUUUUCUUCUAUAUUGUAGAAAAGAGGAGAGUGUAAUUUGAUAAUCCUCGGUGCUGUUAAUCUAUUCUAGACUAGUUGUUGUCACGGCAAGAAAAUGAAGUGUACAUGCCUCUUCCUAAGCUUCUUUCUGGUUGAUGUGAUUUCUUUAGAGAUUUUUCAUUGGUUCUUUUAUGAUUCUUCCAGCCUGUUUGCUUGGGAGAAUCAAAGUAUUUGGUUAAGCUAAGGUAA